CACCCCUUGCAUUGUGUUUAUUGUUUGUAUUGUGAUGUCCGUUCCAACGACAAAUCAGGGAGAAGACAAAGGGAGAAUGAGCCUCCUUCCUUGAUUUUCUCAACUGUCACAUUGGUUGAGGACUUUUCAAUCUCUAAGCUAUGGUUCUCGACGUGAUUGUAUCUUCUCCCCUUCGAAAGUCUGCAUCAACGAGGAGGCAAUUCUCAAAAGAUGAUUUCGGGAACUGUUCAACACUUGUCGAGAGGCAUAGGUUCCUCUUAACAGCAUUAGGAUUGUUGGCAUUCCUCUGCACCAUCUACCUUUACUUUGCUAUUACUUUAGGGGCAACGGAUACAUGUUCCGGGUUGACGGGACCAGAGAAAGCAACAUGUAACUUGCAGCAUGCAAGGUCCACCAUGUCACAUGGUAAACUUAAAUUCCUUUAGCACAUGUCACAAAACUACGUAACAAGUUGCUUUUAUUAAUCAAAGUAUUAUGUUCUUUUUGGCAA